AUGAACAAUGAUGACGAUGACGAUGAUUCCUAUCAAGUGCCACUGGGAUGGUCCACGAAUGGCCCUGUAGUAGACGAUGAACACCUAGCCACAGCGGCGCCACAAGGCCAGCACGAUGACGAUAAGGAACGGUACCACGACCAACACGACAUUGAGUCGGGACGCAACGAACGGACACUCCAUCCCAACUCAACAAACAAUCGCCUGGGCAGAACGGUCCCGUGGGUCAUACCCAACAACUCGACAAAAAAGAACAAACACCCCAGCAGAACGCUCCAGUGGAUGGCCAACUCCACAAAGCAUCGCCGGUGGAGAAUCCUAAGAACCAAGACGGUUUUGAAAAGCAGACACAGCCAACAACGAGCAAAGACAACAAUACACCUUUCAUCAAUCCACCCAAUCCCGCAAUCCGGGAGAACGAGCUAGAUAUCAGUGACCUGUCUUUACCACAGCACUCGCAAAGCUCGUACCUCGACAUUAGUGGUCUUACACACAAAUCACCUCCAAGUUCCCAUCUAGAUGUCAGCCAACUAUCCUUCGAAUCGUUUCCGUGAACUUCCAUCUCCAUCAUGACGACUGUGAUUCCAUUUCAUCCCCGACCAAAAGACCAUUACGAGGGGCAAACGACAAGCAUCAUUUUGAUUCCACAUCUUCCAUUCUGAUUAC